CCUUGGGGCUGCUGGCACCGAGCGGGUGGGGGGAGCCUUGCAGGACGUCUCUGGGAGCCGUGAGGGCCGCGGGCCACGAGACGCCGUCCGUCCGUCCGUGUCCAACCCCUUCCCCCCACACACACACACUCGGAACUCGGACUGCGGGCACAGUGCAUUCGGAGUGAGGAUUUUGAGGUUUUGUCUUCUGAUAGCUGUGGGAGGUGGAGCAGCUUAGGAUGCAUGGCAGGUUUGUGUCCGAGGGCGAUGUGAGGCCGGGUGGAACAAAGAAGUGUAGAACCCGCCGUGGUGGAAGUGUUCAGCAGAAUUACAGUCUUUUGAGAAAGUGUUGUGAUUUGCUGGCUUAAGAAGGUCUCCAUCACCUUGUCAUCUCUUUUGGGUGGCAGAGAGCUGUUGGGUCUGUUUGGCUCUGAAAGCCCCCGGAGCCAGCUGCCAUCACUACCUGCUUUGCUUGUUCCUUUCUCGCUCCCCAUUUCUCUUUCACGUUUUCUUGCAUCCCAAAGCAAACCUCUUAAAACACAUCAGCAAUCACAAGUGAAGAAAUAUCCUUUAUGUUUGUACUAUGGUAUUUACACCCGCUUUCUUUCUGCCCCAUGUGGGCGUGCCUCUGAGGCCUGUUCUGCUUGCCCAGUAACUAAAGAAGAGGUGUGUUUGGUGCAUGCAGCAGAUAUGGCACUGGUAGUGGCAGUAGUUGGACACCUCCCUUUAUUCAGCUGUCCUAUCUUGACAGUGCUGUUUCUGUCAACCCCGUGUACAGGCCAAGCAAGGCAGGAAUGCAGUCCUCUUAUCUCUUCUUUUGUGUUUUUAAUACAGAGGGAGGAGAACAUAAGUUUGCUGUGUAUGUAAUGCAGAGUGGAUGCUCUUUGAAAAGGAUUUUAAGUCUGACUGUGGUGAUUUUCAACAUAAUCUAAACAUGGAUGUCCCAUUCGUGGAGGCAUUCAAGGCCAGGCUGGAUAUGGCUCUGUGCAGCCUGGUCUAGCGGCUGGUGACCCUACAUAUGGCAAGGGGAUUUAAAAGCAUAUGAUCAUUGUGGUCUUUUUCAACCCAGGCCAUUCUAUAAUUCAUUCAGAUUCUUUUAUAAGCCUGCUUGCUCAUUUCAAGCCAUUGCUUCAUUCUUCCUCAUCACUUCUGGAAUUGGCCAGGAGUGGAGGUAGCUGGGUUUGUACUGGAAGAAUUUUCCAUAUUUUUCUUUCUUGAUAUCUUGCACUGAAAUAAUGUUUUAAAAUUAUGUAAGUGAAUGAAGUAUCUGUAUAGAAGACUUUUGGAUGCUUCCUUUAUCAGAUGCAUUAGGUUUUGCCAUAGUUGUCUGCUGUGGCUGUCCUUUUUCUUUUAACACAAAUCUUUGUCUCCAGCUUGAAACAUCACAGAACAACAUCAGAAAAAACUGUUUUCAACAGUGUUUUUAGAGGGUAAUAAAGGGCUAUUAGCACAAAUAACAGGCAAAUCUUAUCUUACAGAGUAGAGUAGAGCAGAAGGUGCUGCUGGGGUUAACAGGUUCUGGUACUUCUGUAUUUUGUAUUGUGGGCUUCAGAUGGGAUGUAAAGCCCACCCUGCAGUCAGAAUGUAUCUACUGCUAUCUGUGGAACUUGUAGGGGAUUAGUGGCAAAUCAGGGACUUCAUUGUACAUUGUAAGAAGUGUAUAAAAAGGGAAGUAGAAACUCCUUCAGUAUUGUAAUCCACAUGUUGUAUUUAAGGAAGCUGAGUUCUUUCAAGAUAGUCUGGGCUAACUUCUAAUAUUCAUAACUGGUGAGUUGAUCAGAAGCUGCAUGAGGCCUUCAGGCAUACUUGGUGCAGAUUGACUGAAGGUCUCAUCAGAUUGAUUUCAGCAGUGAUUUGCUUGGGCUCAGGCAUGAGGUUCCGUGCGCACUGAAAUCUCUGAGGAUGUCCAGGGGUUCAUUCUCUGAUAUCAGUGUGCUUGUUUUCCAUAUGCCUGCUCCUCAGUUAAUCUGCUUGAAGGUCCAGAAGAGUCUUCAGUGUGGUGUAAAUGUGUACGGGAUUUGAUUUUGAUCCAUGGAAGAAUCAUAUUGUGUGGGGAGGGAAAACUAGGACAAUACUCAAAUUUUCCUUAGCUAAUCAAGCCUUUGCAAAUAAGCUGUAGCCUUUCCAGUCACUGCAGUCGAUUAAGGAACUGAAACUGUGCUGUAAUUCAAGUAAAAUGCUUUUUAGUAACAUGUGUUGUGAUCCCCACCCCCAGGCUUGUCACAGGCUCAGGAACUUGGUGAAGGGAAGUGGCACCCCCAGCCUUUGUGUUUCCUGAUGACACUUCAGCAGCAGUUCCUUCUGCUGUUGCAUGAAUUGCUUUGUGUUAGUUCUGAGCUAACACAAGUAUAAACUGCAGCCCUGAGAUGAAAUGUGUGAACGUAUAAAUCAGGAGCAGUGUCCUCUAGAGAGUAAUAAUUGUGACUUACAGUUGUAGAGUCGACAUUCACUUGAAGAAGAAUACAUCCAUGUCAUGUUUGGGGUAACUGAGGGUCGCUUGCUCCCCUGGGUGAAGACCUACACUCUUAAAAUGUGUUCUCCCAUUUGGGCUACUGUAUGUUAUUCUUCUGCGUAUCAGAGCCAUUUGUAUAACUGUGCUCAUAUAAUGGCUGGUUCUGGAUGAAAAAGAAGAGCAACCAGAAAAAAAGUUGGUUUUUUUUUUUUUUUUUUCUUCUAGCUGCUGAUGGAAAGCUGCAGAAAGCUCUUUUUCUGGUAAAGGAAGCAGUAAAAAAACAAGAGUGUAUUUUUUAUGUAUCUAUAUUAUUGAAAUAUUUAAAUGUUUACAAAGCAUUGCUAUGGUAAUGCUUGCAUUAAUCACAAAAAAAAAAGAGCGUCCUUAAUUAGAGGUGAAAAUGUGCAGAUGCUUGCAGAAAUCAUUUAGUCUCUCUCUUUACACCUUCAGUAACUUGACAUUCUGUUUGUGUAUGGACAGUCCUGAGGUUCCUAGGCUGUCAUAUCAGGAGUUUUUAAACUACUAGUAAUCCUAUAGUGUGUUAGAGGCAUAGAAAGCAAAUUGGAGAAGGAGCUGACAGAUCUGGCUCUUAAUUUGGAUCUGUUGUAUGUGAGUGGUAAAACACUUAGUUUAUAGUUUGUGCAACACUGAUUGUGUAGGUAUGAUUACUUCAGGACAUUUCUUACCUGUUUUCCAAAGUGGUUAUUAGCUUUCCACUUAUUUGAUUUUUCUCUGCCAACAUUUCAUUUAUCUGUCUUAGCUGGACAGCUUUUCUAAUAGAAUGAAUGAGGAAAACUGUGAGGCUGAUGAGGACUUCCUUUGCAACUGAAAGAAUUCUCCUGAACUUGGGCUUCUAAGUGCUUAACAGAUGCAGUGCAGCAGAUGGAAGUAGUAGGUGCUGCUACCUCUGUGUAUCAGAAGAUGUUUAUUAGGCAAAAAUGGUGACAAAGUAAUAAAAAAUAUUUCUUUUACAGAACCUUAACACAGAUAUGAAUGUCAAGUCUUACGAGAUUUGAGAGUUUAUAUUACUGUAAGUUGUAACACAUGCCUCAGUAAAGCAUGGAUAUAAGGAAAAGUAAUUUUCUUCUGUAUCGUAGUUAGUCUGUGUCCCGUACUUACUUUCAAACUGGAUUUAUAGUUAAUCAUAGAAUCAUUAAGGUUGGAAAAGAUUUCUAAGGUUGUCUAGUCCAACUGUCCACAUACCACCAAUACUGCCUCCUAAGCCUCAUCUCUGAGUUCUGCAUCUACUGUUUCCUUAAACACCUACAGUGACACUGACACUUCCCUAAGCUACCUGUUCCAAUACUUAACUACUCUUCUGGAGAAUAAAUUGCUUUUAAUAUCAAAUCUGAACCUCCCCUGGUGUAACUUGAGGCCAUUCCCUCUCAUCCUGUUGCUAGUUACAUGGGAGAAGAGGCCUACUCUCACCUCACCACAACCUCUUUUCAGGUAGCUGUAGAGAGUGGUAAGGUGUCCCCUGAAUCUCCUCCAGACCAAACAGUCCCAGUUCCCUUGGUUGCAUCUUCGUAAGACCUGUGCUCCAGACCCUUCGCUAGUUUUGUUGCCCUUCUCUGCACGUGCUUCAGGGUCUCAGUGUCUUUCUUGUAGUGAGCAGCCCCAGACUGAACACAGUACUUGAACACAGUACUUGAAGUGCAGCCUUACCAGAACUGAGUAUAGAGGUUUGAUCACCUCCCCAGUCCUGCUGGUCACACUAUUUCUGAUGCAGGCCAGGGUGCUGCUGGCUUUCUUAGCUGCCUGAGCACACUGAUGGCUUAUGUUCAGCUGAGCUUCAACCAACACCCGCAGAUCCUUUUCCACUAUGCAGCUUUUCAGCCACUUCAUCCCAAGCUUGUAGUUCAGGACCUGACACUUCAUAUUAUUCAAUUCAUCCCAUUGGCCUCAGCCCAUCAGUCCAACCUGUCUGAGCCCCUCUAUAAGCUUUCCUCAGGCAGAUGAACACAUCCCCUGAGCUUGGUGUCAUUUGCAUGUUUACUGAGGGUGCACUCAAUUUCCUGCAUCCAAAUUGUCAGUAAAGGUAUUAAACAGGAUAGGCCCCAGUAUCAACCUCUAGGGAACACCAUUCAUGACUGAUCACUAGUUGUAUUUAACUCCAUUCAUUGCUACUCUCUGGGCCUAGAAAUACAGACUGAUAUUUUUUUUUAACCAGACAGCAUGUAGCUGUCCAAGCUAUGGGCUGCCAGCUUCUCCAUGGGAAUACUAUGGAAGGCAGUGUUGAAAGUUUUAAUGAAGUUUAGGCAGGCCACAUCAACAGCCUUUCCCUCAUCCACCUGAUAGGUCACCUGGUCAUAGAAGUAGGUAUGAGGGUGGCAAAGCAGAAACUACCCUUUGUGAACCCUUGCUGGCUGGCCCCGAUCUCCUCCCAGUUGUCCCACACCUGCUGUCUGAUCACACUCAAGAUGAUCUGUUUCAUAACUUACCCCAGAGCCUAGGUCAGGCCUGUAGUUGCCCAGAUUCUGGUUACUAAUCUUCUUAAUGAUAGGCAUCAUGUUCACAAGUCUCCAGUCACCUGGAACUUCCCUGCCUGACCAGGACCACUGAGAGACGAUGGAAAGCAUCUUAGCAGUCACCUCUGCUAGCUUCCUCAGCACCUCAGGUGGAUCCCAUCUGGCCCCACAUAACAUUCAGUAGUAAUGCAAGAGUUUGUUUACUCUGUUGUUUUGACAGGGAGGAGGGAUGUUUCUGGAAAGGAGCUAUGUCCAAUCUUCAAGCUGUCCCAUUCUGUUCUAAUGAUGGGUAGCAGUACGUAUCUUGCAGAAGGCUUCUUGAAUGAUCGUUGGUUCAUAUUUCUGGUCCGCCACCCAGUAAUCUGUGUCAACAAUCAUGUCUUCUGUUCCAUUUGUAUUGAAGUCUGGUUGAAGAAUAAUAAUCAGUGCCCAGCUUGCAGGAUUCCCAUCACACCUGAAAAUCCUUGCAAGGAAAUUAUAGAAAAUGUCGAAGGUGCCUAAGAAAGACAAAGCUACGAAACUUGAAUGAGGAUACAAACUUCCUCAGGGCUGAGAAAUACUGGAAUCUUGACUUGACAUAAAAUACUAACAUUGCUAUAUAUAAAUAUAUAAAAUAUAUAUAUCUGAACAGCCUUUAGAAAAAUAUGCUGUCGUGUGCUAAAUAAAUGUAUGUGUGUUGGUUUUUAUUGUGUACUUUUCUUCCUUUCUGUACUGGUUUUGGCCAGGAUACAGCUCACUUUCUUCCUAGGAGCUGAUGUAGUGCAGCAUUGUUGAUUUAGGAAGAGAAUGAUAUUGAUAACAUACUGAUGUGUUAGUUGUUGCUGAGUAGUACUUAUACUAAAUCAAAGACUUUUCAGCUUCUUGUGCUGCCUCAGCUGUGAGAAGCUGGGGAGAAGCAGGGAGCUGAGAGGGAACAGAGCCAGGACAGCUGACCUAAACUGGCCAAAGGGAUAUCCUAUACCAUAUGACAUCAUACUGAAUAAUAAAGCUAGGGCUGCCCUGGGCAGAGGUUUCCUCUGGGAACUGGUUGGACAGCAGUCGAUGAAUGUUGAGCUGUUGUGAUGUGCAUCAUUUGUUUUAUAUAUUCUUAUUAUAUGUUUAUUAAUGCUGUUAUUAUUAUUUUCCUUUUCUGUCCUGUAUAAUGGUCUUUAUUUCAAUCCACAGGUUUCUUUUUUUUUUUUUCCUCAUUCUCUCUCCCAUCCCACUGAGAAUUGGAGAGUGAGUGAACAGCUGCAUGGUGCUGAGCUGCCUGCUGGGUUAAACUACAAUAGUCCUUUUGGUGCCCAGCGUAGGGCUCAAAGGGCUGAGAUAAUGACAGAUCUGACUGGAACAUAUAAACACAAAUUUGUCACAAUAUUGAUUUUCCUAAUUGUCAAGUUCUGUUGUGUAGCACCUUAUUUGCUGUAUAUUAAAGUUAUCAUUUUGCUGUACUGUAUAAUACUGGCCUGUGUUCUGACAAGAUUACCAGUUGUGAGACUAAUCUGUUUUUUGUAGUCAGCAUUGCUGUCAUUUCCAUAUUUCAUGAUCCAUCUUUCAGAAACUAUUAACAAUUAACACUUUUUACUCCUCAGGGAGCCAGUCUAUAGUGGAGGUAAGAGGGACACUUUCCUCUGUACCUUCAGCCCUCUCUUUCUCCUUCUCUUCUAGGCCAGUUAAGUAGAUCUUGAGAAUGUUGAGUGUUCUUGGAAUGUUCAGACCAGCAUGUUCCUAUUACUUUGUCUCCUGAUUGUGUUCCAGGUCUUGUUUAAGGUUAAACAACUAUCUACAAAUAUCUCCCAGGAUCUGUUUCUGGGCUGGAUGGUUAUGAGUGUAGGAUGGAAUGGGCAGACACCUGGAAUGGUGGUCACCCCCAUUGUUUUGGAACUUCUUCCUUGAACAAAUGCAGGGUCCUUAAAAACUGGUAAAAUGUUUGAAAAAGGUGUGCUAUCCCCAUGGCAAUUCCAAGGAGACACAAAUCACUGCAAUAUACAGGAGCUGAGUCUAUGCCUGUUGAGCUGCACUUAGCACUGCUCUAACCCUUGCAACAUGUCAUGCAGCUGAACUGGAAAACCGACCCACGUAGAUAUCAGUUGUGCUUGUAGACAAGGCGAAACAAUGGAUGCUAAAGUCUCAUUUAGUAAGGAAAGAAACUCCUAUGAAGAAGAGAAAGGAGGAGAAAGUGGAUAAGACAGGCUACUGUGAAGCAGAGCCAUCAUAAGAACCAGAGGAGGAAGAGGCAGUGGUUAGAAAUAAGACAAAAACCACCAAAAGCCUAUCCCUACAUGAGUUAUGUGAAAAGAUUUCAGCUGUCAACAAGGUGAGCACAUUGUCACCUGUCUGCUCUGAGGCUGGGAUAAUGGGGCCAGGAGUCUAGAUUUAGUGAGCUGCAAAGCCGGGCAUUUGGGAUGCUUCUCUAUGGAAGGGGACAUUGACAAAACAAUUGGAAAACGGGAACAAACACCCAUCCUCUGGAAGUGACUCCUGUCAGCACUUCAAGAAAGAUUAUUCCAAGAUUCCCAUUCAUCAGCUGAUUAAUCAACAGGAGAGCCAAGCAGUCACGAACCAGACUCCCUUGCCCUUCAGUAGUCCCAUAUGGCCAUUGCAGAAGUCCAGUGGAGUGUGGAAGCUGACAGUGGAUUAUCAUGGCCUGAGUGAAGUCGUGCCACCACUGAGUUGCUGAUGUACGAGACAUGCUAGAACUACUGUGUGAGCUGGAGUCAAAUGCAACCAAGUGGAGGAACAAGUGAAAGUGAUCCUACAUUUAGUCCAACAGUUAGGAAGCACCUACGUAAAACGAGGCUUGAAUUGCUCCACAAAGAAUAUGAGGAUGAAAUAGAAUCCCUGCAAAAAGAAGUGGAAGAGCUGAGAGACAGAAAUCUCAAUUUGCAGACGCAACUGAAAUCUCUUCUGGAUCCCACAGUACCAGCUUUGUGUUACCAAAAUGAAGAAACUAGCCAAUCAGCAGAUGAAGCAAGUACCAGUGGCCCAGAAACCCCAGAAGAAUGGAGCAAAAAGCUGAAAGCUGCCAAUGAUAUAUGUGAAAAAGUGAUAGAUAAUGUAGAAAAGUUAAAGGAGGCAAAUAGGAAACUGAGCAUGGAGAACAAUAGCCUUUUAAGAGAGAAUUUGCGACUAAAAGCUGAAGUUGAUAGUAGAUCACCCCAAAAGUUUGGUAGGUUUACCAUAGCUGCGCUGCAGUCCAAAGUAGAACAAAGCGAACGUGAAAUGAACCGUCUAAAAAAGGCACUGGAAAGAAGUGAUAAGUAUAUAGAGGAAAUGGAGUGUCAGCUUUUACAGCUGAAAAGUGCAGGUGAAGGAACUCAGACUGUAAGUGCUGUUAGCGAACAAGCACUUUCUGCAGAUGCUAAAGGAACUGAGAGCAAUGAAGAUACUACAUGUUCAAAAACCCAGGUUGAGGAGAAAAAAGCUGUGACUACCAGCCAGAGUCCUGACAAUCUUGAACAGCUAGCAGACAGUGGAACAUGUUCAAACUCUUUGAGUAAGGAUGGUUCAGAUGGUUCAAAUACCCAGAGUAUCCAAAAGAAAGAAUUGUUUCCAGGAUGUCAGGGAGUCCAUCUGGAUGAAAGUAGUACAAGUAUGGAUACUUGCUUAGAACAGCAGUGGAAUAAAAUUGAGGAAUGUACCCCAUAUAAGGAUGAAGAACUUUAUGAUCUUCCGGCACCAUGCACUCCUUUUCUGUCCCUUAGUCGCCUUCAGUUGAACACUCCUGAUGGAAAAGAAAACAUGGAGAAAACGUCAACAUUCUUGAGAAAGCUGAAAUUUGAAGAGUUUUGUGACACUUCAGAUGACUGCAGCAAAGAUUCUCGAGAGCACAACACAAGCAGUGAAAAGAAGCUAAAUUGCUUUUCUGUGGGAAAAUCAGGUUUUUGGGACACUGGCCCAAAUAGGUUCACAGACAACUUAGAUUUUGAUGAAUCAGCGCAAAAUUCAACAGCUGGUCAGUCAGAUGAAUCAUCAGCAAAGUCCAGUGAUAAAACAAGUUCAUGCUUGCCUAAAAGGUUACAUUCUCUCUGCUCUUCGGAAAUGAAUCGCACAAGAACCUCCAGUGAGGCAUCUAUGGAUGCCGCCUACCUUGAUAAAAUUUCUGAGCUGGACUCGAUGAUGUCUGAAUCAGACAAUAGCAAGAGUCCAUGCUAUAAUUUUAAGUCCUCUGAUCUUGAUAAUUCUUCAAAGUCAACAGAGGGCUCUAAGCUUCUGGAUGAAGCUGAGAAGAAACUGGAAGGGAUGAAUGAAGAACAGAGUAUGAAGUGCUCAGAAACAAGCAACCUAUCAGUUCUAUCAGUUGACAGAACUGGAUGGAAACCUGCCAUGUUUUCUGUCCUAUCCCCAUCUAGACUAGAUGUGAAUGACCACUUUCCACUAUUUACAGGCCCAAAUGUAGUAGCUAGUGAAAUCAAACCUCCAAACUGCUUGUUUCAAAGAGAGUUUUCCCAGAGCCUGCUAUUCAGUAACUCCCAGAGGCUGUUUGAGGAACAAAAGUUUGAAUCAUGCUUUUUAAAGAUGUCAUCUGACCUACACAAUCAACUUAACCCUCCUUGGGUGCCUUCUUUUAUUGCUGAAAAGAAAAAUAAAAAUGCCAGUCAGUCGACCAAGAGGAAAAUUCAGAGCAGCCUUUCCAGUGCUAGUCCAUCAAAAACUACCAAAAACUGAUUCUGUGUGGAAAUCAAAUGUGGCUCAAAGUCAUCAAACUGCGAAUGUUUAGUAUUUACCAAGUGAACUUACUUUUUUUUGAUGAUUUCCCUGGAGUCUGAUCCUGCUUUCUUCUGACUGACUGAAAACUGAACAUUCCAUUGCCCAUUACAAGCUCUUUCCUAGGGAAGAACCAUUCCAGAUCUCUUCUUUGGCUGGAACAUUUUGUUUACUUGGAAUUUUUAUGGUGUGUUUUUUUUCUUCUGAAUUUUCAAGUUUCAUGAUCUUCCAGUUGCUAGCACAGUGUAUGGCUCCCUUGAGCAGGCCAGUUUUAAGUGAUCCUGUCAAAUCAGUCAUUUAUUAAGAACUUGCUUUAAAGGUUACAUUUUCCUUUCACAUUUUGUGCGUGCAAGGCAGCUACUGGCUAUAUAUCCUAUGGAUUCAUGAAAUUGCUAUAAAACAAUGUCCGUUUUGCCAUAAAACUUGCCUCCAAGAGGAAAUCUCACUGCUUAGAUUGUUUCAUGGCACUGUACUGUACCAGAACUCUUGUUUUACGUAGGUAUAAGGUAGCAGCCUUUUUCAUUUCAGGAUUGCAGUAGUUCAGUUAGAAAACAUUGCUUCUUUAACACUGCAAAUAUGGCUUGUAUUUUUUGAAGUUAAGCACAAUUUUUAAUUUAGUUCCCAAAAAGGGUUGUUAUUCUAAAUGUGUUCAGUAUGCCUGCGUAGACCGUAAAAAUGGGUUUGUAUGCUAAUGACUUGUUUAUCUAAUGUGCACUGAACAUUUUACAUUAAUACUGUACCAUUUUACAUUAAUACUGCAUGCUUUUCUAUGUGAAUUGAAUAAAACAUGUUAUAAGCAAUGUAAUCCUUGAUGUCUCUCAAAUGUAGUAUUAGCAAAAAGGAAAAAAAGGAAUUGAGAAACUUUUUUUUUUUUUUUUUUUUCCAUAAUUUGAAAGAUAACCUGAGUUUUGUUAAAUGUAAAUGUAAGCUUGUUCACAAAAAAUAAAAUCUCCCUUUCUCCUC